AUGGCCAAAAAGCUUUUCAGUUUCAAUCUUCCAUAUCGAUCAUUCUCCUCCACACCCGAACCUCCCACUCUCUACUCUUUCCUUCAACCAUGUUUGUUCUCCAUCAAUAAACCCUUUUUCGACGAACCCCAAAACCUCCCAACUUCUCCACCACACUCACUCUCCCUCACAUCACACCAAAUUUCAUCUCUUCAAACAACUCUCCACAAAUCCCUCAUUACUUCUCAAACCGAUCAAGCUUGGAAAUCCUUCAAAACCCUUACAACCCACCGUUCCUUCCCACCUAAACCCCUGACCAAUUCCCUCCUUACCCACUUAUCCUCUAUCGGCGACAUUCACAAUCUCAAAAGGGCUUUUGCAUCUACAAUCUAUCUCAUUGAGAAAAACCCCAACUUGCUCGAUUUCGAUACCAUCCAUACCAUGCUUGUUUCCAUGAAAUCUGCCAACACUGCUGCCCCGGCUUUUGCAAUGGUCAAAACAAUGUUUAAAAAUAGGUUUUUUAUCCCUUUUGAUUCGUGGGGUGGUGUGGUUAUUGACAUUGCCAGGAAUAAUGAUAACCUUGCUGCUUUUUUGCCUGUUUUUGAAGAGAAUUGUAGGGUUGCUUUGGAGGAGAAGAUGGAGUUCAUGAAGCCGGAUGUUGCUGCUUGCAAUGCUGCUCUUGAAGCUUGCUGUUGUUGCCUUGAAUCUGUUACUGAUGCUGAGAGAGUUGUUGGAAUAAUGUCGAAUCUUGGUGUUAGACCGGAUGAGUUUAGUUUUGGAUUUCUUGCUUAUUUAUAUGCGCUGAAAGGGUUACAAGAUAAGAUAGAUGAGUUGAAAGUUUUGAUGAAGGGUUUUGGUUACUCGAAAAACAAUAAAUGCUUCUAUUCUAAUUUGAUUAGUGGUUAUGUUAAGUCUGGUAAUUUAGCUUCUGUGGAGUCCAGUUUUCUCAGUAGUCUGAAUGAUAGAGAUGGGGAGGAUGUUUGGAGUUUUGAUAGAGAUACUUUUUGCUUAGUGGUUAAGGAAUAUCUUCAGAUUGGAAAUAUCAAGGGUUUGGCUAAUUUGAUUAUUCAAGCUCAGAAGUUUGAAUCUUCAAAUAUCAAAGUUGAUGAGUCUAUAGGAUUUGGCAUUGUUAAUGCAUGUGUUAGUAUUGGAUUAUCAGACAAAGCGCACAGUAUUCUCGAUGAAAUGAAUGCUUUGGGAGGCUCUGUUGGUCUUGGGGUCUAUGUGCCGAUCUUGAAGGCUUACUGCAAAGAGAAUCGAACUGCCGAGGCCACUCUAUUGGUGAUGGAGAUUAGUAGUUCAGGUCUUCAGUUGGACGUGGAAACUUAUGAUACUCUGAUAGAAACGUCGAUGUCAUGUCAAGACUUUCAGUCGGUGUUUUCUCUGUUUAGGGAUAUGAGAGAGGCGAGGAUUACUGAUUUGAAAGGGAGUUACCUGACUAUAAUGACAGGUUUGAUGGAGAAUAAUCGACCUGAGUUGAUGGCAGCUUUCUUAGAUGAAGUGGUCGAGGAUCCACGUGUUGAAGUUGGUACUCACGAUUGGAAUUCUAUAAUCCAUGCUUUUUGUAAAGCUGGGAGACUAGAAGAUGCAAGGAGAACUUUCAGAAGGAUGAUAUUCCUGAAAUUUGAGCCAAAUGAUCAGACUUACUUGUCCAUGAUUAACGGAUAUGUUUCGGCAGAGAAAUAUUUUGACGUAAUGAUGCUGUGGAAUGAGGUUAAACGCAAAUUAUCAGCCAAUGGACCGAAGGGGAUCAAGUUUGACCAGAAUCUGGUUGAUGCAUUCCUGUAUGCUAUGGUCAAGGGAGGUUUCUUUGAUGCGGUGAUGCAAGUUGUUGAGAAAUCUAAAGAGAUGAAAAUAUUUGUUGAUAAGUGGAGAUACAAACAAGCAUUCAUGGAGAAACAUAAAAAGCUCAAAGUGGCCAGGUUAAGAAAAAAGAAUUUCAGAAAAAUGGAAGCGCUUAUUGCUUUCAAGAAUUGGGCUGGCUUAAAUGCAUGA